CAGAGUGUGACUUGCAGGGAACUGGGAAGAACAGUAAAUGUCUCCUGAUAAUCUAAGCAGAGCUUAGUUUUCUGUAGUUACUGGCUUCCGAUAACCUUUGUAAUUACAUAGCCAAGUAUAAUCGGCAGAGCAUCCGAUUUAUUCAAUACAAGUCUCCCCAUUUAAAACAACACGAUUUUCACCUACUUCACAAUUUUAUAAAUAUUUGUCGGUAUUAACAGAGUCGGCAUUCGACUGUCCGCUAUUCCGGCCUAUCAGCUAAAAGAGGAUGUCCGAAAAAUCCGUUGAAACCCUUAAAACACCGGCCAAGGUCGUACCACCGGCAGGAUCCUUCGAGUUGCGCAGUGUGGCAUGGAGUUUAUUGGUCUGUGGAGGACUUACAACUGUUUUGACCAUCGCAACAAUAUAUUUUUUACCAUAUUGGACAUUUGCCAUGCUACACGUGUACAACUGCCUCGUACCGCUUCUGCUGCUGGUUGUGGGAAUCAAGAUCAAAGCUGUGGCGCGCCGCCUGGCUGCCGGAACCUGGAAUCCAGCAGAAGAGCCAGACUACGUGUCUUACAUGGUCAAACGCAUGGUUUGUCCUCUGGGAAUCAUUCUGGUGGGCUUCAGUGACUUCUUCGGCACCCCUUCUUCUCCCACGGGCCUCUUUAAUCAAGUGAUCGCCAUGGUCCAGACCAAGAACUGGGGCCACCUCAGUCCGACCGACUGGCAGGUGGAGACACUGGGAAUUUUGUACAUGGGCAUCAACACCUCCCAUUCGGUGGCCGGGUUGACCUUGGCGUUUGGUGCCAUCGUGGGCACCACGGUGUGGAUUAGCCGCGCCUAUGAUGCGGCCGCUUCCGGUCAGGUCAAAGAUGAUAAACCCGAUCAGAAGGAUCUAGUUAAAGCUGUGGAUGGUACGAGCUGCAUGGUGGAGAACGAGAUGGAAAGAGAGGAGGAAAACGAACACGACAAGAUGUUGGAAAGUGCCGCUUAAUUGGACACGAUGGCUGGUUGAUUUGCCCUGACAUAUUUCAUUCUGCGGCGUACCAUGUGGCCAUGGCAUAUAUACCACCAGGCUUUGCAUGACUGAUACCUCCCGGUUUUUAGUCUAAUUUUGAGUUUCCAGCCUGCUUAUUUUUUGCAAAUUCAUCAAAUAUCUUGAAGAAGAACCAAGUUUGUUCAGCUACAAAGCAAUAGAGCUUAUUUUUAACUGACAUGUGAGCACAGAGAUACAUACAGUAUCUGUACGUUAAGAUAUGACAGCGUAUUUUGCUUUUUCUCGCAAUUUUGAGUUGGCAUGUAGCAUUCAUAUGAAAAUUCUGUAUACGUUUUUGCCAAAACGGAUUAGCUUAAAUUAUGUA